AUCCACACACAGUAGUCUGUAGGAUUUGUUUACAAACAGUGGCAGUCAGGUGGCUGCGCUGCCCUCGUGUGGACACUACACAGGCCUGCACACAGAGGAGGAGGUGAGACACUGACAGGACGCCUCAUUCACACAUUAUCCGCACUUCACAAAGAACACGUCCUGGGGGGAGGGGGAACCAACAAUAUCUACAUCAGAUGUUACAUUAGGAGCAGAUUACAAGUUCAGCAAUGGCGAGGGCACUUCAUGAUGGGAGUACCUCCGAACGCGUGGGAAACAUUCAAUCUGACGCCGGGCGCACUUUUCCUGCUGACGUUAGUGCCUGCGCCGCCUCCUCCCGAAUCUGUGAACAGAACCUACCUGUGAGCCAUCCUGCCCCCGUCCCGGCCCCACCAUCCAUGUGUCAAAGGUGCUUAUCCUUGUGCCAAAACCACCCCCGGGACAGACUUGAAAUGGUUAACAGUUGUGAAUCUGGACCUUCUUCACCUGCUUGUGAACAAAGACAUUGCUCCUACCCAGAAUCCUUCAGCACAGGAGAACCCACUGCAUACGGUCUCAGGCACACAACCCACGAACAUUCCAACAUGGGGACAGACGUGGAAGAGUCGCAUCAAGAUGACCCCCAAGCGGAGCUGCCGCUGGCGGGAGACGUGCCUGUAGAGCGAGAGAUCGCCCUCCGACUGCGCAGGAUUGGGGACCAAAUGAAUGAGCGGUACUUGCGAAGAAGGCAAGUGGCCCAGCGGCAGUGGUGGGGUCCUCUGCGAUGGCAUCUCACCCAGAUGAUCUCGGAGAUCCUGGCUGCCUUGUACAACCCACUCGUGGACAUUUUACCACAGAACUAAAUCCGUUACCUCCAUUUUGGACAUGUGGUACAAAGAAUCGGGAGGUUUAUGAGAUGCCCACUUGCGCUGAUUUGGCUUCUGCUGGACAGAAGCUAGGAGGCUUGACUGGUCUCCAAGGACGGUACCGCCGAAAGUCCAGUGGGUGUCAAGAUGAUGACUCUUCUCCAGUGAUCUCUCCUAUGAGAAGACUUGAAUAUCGGUUCUUGAUCUCUGCGAGCCGUUGGCUGUUGCCUGGUGGUGUUAAUAGAAACAAGGUGGAUAUGGUAGCUGCCUUCUCUUCCUGCUAUGUUCACCAAGAGACUCUUUUUUUUUUUUUUGUGAAGAUUUAACAAAAAAUGGUUUCCUCUAGUUAAGACAUUGUAUGAUGGCUGUCACAAUCGGGGGAGUAUUGGUAAUAUGGAAUAACUGGUGUUAAUGUUGAAGUGAAGGAGCAAUUAAAGUCUUGGUUGUAAGAAAUAUAUGGCACAUUCUUUACAAAUUUCUAGUAAAUACAUGGGGGGAGGAUUUUUUUUUUUUUGGUAGCGGGUGUCCUAGCGAGCACCAGCAAUGCCAAAUGCAAAUACAGCAUGGAAUUGUAUUUGUUUGGCGCAUCCCCCUCUUGAUGAACUCCUUACCAUUGGCUGGAAAGGGUGUUAUUCUGAGCCAUACCAACUGCCCUUUUUGUAGCCAAAUUGUGAAAAUCUAGACAAGCCAUAAUGAAA